ACUGAACCACAACAAACCCGUUUAAAUUUGUGGAGUUACAACAGGAAACAAAAGUCAAUUAAGGAGAACAUUUCUCUGUUGUUAGCAAUGGAGAAGAGAAAGUGUUUCUACCUGAAACGACAAGCUCCUCAUGAUGGCCAGAGUGCGAUCAUUCCUUUUAAGAAGGAUGAGGUUUUGAUUGGUAGAUCAAUUGAAGCUACUCACGUCAUCCCACACCAGCUCAUAUCCCGCAGACAUGCAGUAUUUAAGCGAGAGAGUGAUCAGUGGACUGUCAGCAACCUUAGUCUUAAUGGAGUGUUUGUCAAUGGAAAUUCCAUACCAAAAGCAGAGCAGCAUGCAAUCAAUGUGGGUGACAUAAUACAGUUUGGUCAGCCAGCAACCUUUGUCUACCGCUUUGGGCUGAAGGAAAUACCCAGUAGAGCAGGAAGUUCCUCUUCUCAGCAACCAGACAUAAAAAGGAUGAAGUCAGAGGAUGACAGAAAAAGUGCCCUUGCAAAUAACUUGAACCUAGAACGUGAGGCAUUGGAGGAACAGCUGAAAAAGAGUGAUGCAGUCCAGCAAAGGCUACAGACAGAGCGGGAUGAGCUCCUUCUGUCUCUGCAGAGCCAAAAAGAUGAUCUGCAGCAAAAGUAUCAGCAGGAGAAGGAAGCUUUGGAAAAGCAGUUCUCUGCUGGUUCUGUGCAACAACAGGUGAUGUUACAGGAGAAAGAGGCACUUGCACAACGUCUAAAGGAUCAGGUGUCAGAACUUCAGAACAGAUUGGAGGAGGAACGGAAAACCUUGGAAGAGAAUGUUAGGAAGGAAGAGGAGCAACGCAUGCGAAUACUUCAAGAGAAGGAAGCAGUUCUUCAUCGAUUAGAAGAAGAGAAUGCUAAUUUGGAAAGACAGAUGCAGGAAGAGCGAAAAAAACUUCAGGAACGUUUGCAGGUCACAGAGGAACACAAGGAAGAACUACAGCAACAAGUGGAGGCAAAGGAGAAUGAGAUAAGAGUAAAAGAAGAGCAACAACGGAAGGCUGAAUGGGAACGUCAAAAGAUUCAAGAAGAACUUACACUGGAGCAAAUACGCCUGCUCAAAGAACUUGAACGUGUCAAAGAUGCACUGACAGAGAAGGAGAAAAAUAAUUCUGCCCUGAGUUCAGAGCUCAAACAGAAAGAAGAAGAAUUGAAUGAGAGACUG